GGAGGGCCCUGGGGGCGGAGUCAGCGUUCUUCGGAUGACAUCGAUGAUGGAGCUGGUGCCGGGAGGCUGCUGGGGACUGCUGCCCAUCCUGCUGUCCUUCCUCCUGCUCGUUUUCGGCCUCUACUGUGCCUACGUCCACCUCAUCCACCUGCGCUAUGACUACAUCCCCGCGCCGCCCCGGCCUAGUUUCUUAUUAGGCCACCUGCCUAUCUUCUGGAAAGCCAGUAGCAAGAAGGAGCUGGUCCAUGAUAUCUUCCUGGAAUGGGCAAAAGAGUAUGGGCCAGUCGUGCGUUUAAAUGCUUUCCACCGAAUCUCAAUUUUUCUCACGAGCCCUGAAGCUGUAAAGGAAUUUCUGAUGUCCCCACAGUACCAAAAGGAUCCCCGUGUUUAUGGCCAGCUCCACAGUUUGUUUGGGGAAAGGUUUUUAGGUAAGGGUAUAAUCACAAUUCAGGAGCAUGAGCGUUGGCAUAAACAGAGGAAGAUUAUGGACCCAGCCUUCAGCCGAAGUUACCUGGUUGGUAUGAUGGGAACAUUCAAUGAGAAGGCCGAGCAGCUCAUGGAGAUCCUGGAAGAAAAGGCCGAUGGGAAAAUGGAAGUGAGCCUUCUGAACAUGAUGAACCGGGUGACUCUAGACAUCAUUGCAAAGGUGGCAUUUGGGAUGGAGACCAACACCCUGCACGAUGACCAGACGCCGUUUCCUCACGCGGUGACCACAGCCAUGAAGGGAGUCUCCAUGAUAAGGAACCCCAUGUUAAAGUUUCUACCAGGAAAACGGAAGGUGGUAGAUGAGAUCAGAAGUAGUAUAAGGUUUCUGCGGCAAACUGGAAAGGAAUGCAUCGAACGCAGGAGGGAGGCUAUUCAAAACAACGAGGAGAUUCCACCUGACAUUCUCACCCAGAUUCUGAAGGGGGAAGCUACUGAGGGACCGAGAGAUGAUGAAACGAUGGUGGAUAACUUUAUCUCUUUCUUCAUAGCUGGUCAUGAAACCACAGCUAACCAGUUAGCAUUUACAAUACUGGAGUUAUCCCGCCACCCUGAAAUCCUGGAAAAGCUUCAGGCCGAGGUGGAUGAAGUGGUCGGGUCCAAGAGAGACAUCGAGUAUGAAGAUUUGGGCAAGCUGCAGUACCUGUCACAGGUCUUCAAAGAGGCCCUGCGGCUCUACCCUCCGGGCCCCGGGACUUCACGGUGGCUGGACAAGGAGUUGGUGGUUGACGGGAUCCGGCUCCCCGCUCACACUUCCAUUUUCUUGAGCUCCUACACGACGGGAAGGCUGGAAACAAAUUUCAAAGAUCCCCUGGUUUUUAACCCAGACCGAUUCAGCCCUGAAGCUCCCAAGCCAUACUUUACCUAUUUCCCGUUUUCCUUGGGGCCGAGGUCUUGCAUCGGACAAAACUUUGCUCAGAUGGAAUCGAAAGUGGUGAUGGCCAAAUUUCUGCAGAGGCUUGAGUUCCAGCUGGCUCCAGGACAGAACUUCACGAUUCUGGACACGGGAUCCCUCAGGCCCAAGGAUGGAGUCUUCUGCACCCUGACGCCCAGGAAAAGCCACUGUGACUUCAGUGGGGGAAUUGGAGGGAAUAUGAUUUCAGAAGGGCUUUGAAGAUGGGGAGAUGUGAAGGUCUGCCGGAUGUGAAGGUCGCGGGGGGUGAGCGGGAGAGCAAGAGGGGGUUAGCGAGAGAGACGAGCAUGAGGCAGUGUGUAGGUUGGCAUGAGAAAACCUUCCUGAUUUCCCCAGACACAAUUCUUUAGAGAGGUAGUGCCCUCCUCACUUCAGGGGUCCCGGGACCCUGGCCCCAACUUCCCCUGGGGGGCUUCCAUCCCUGACUUUGAAGUGAUGGUCCUCUAGACUUGAAGCUCAUUGUGGGCAGGAAACAUGCCUGUCAACUCUGAUAUAUUGUACUCUCCCAAGUGCUUACUACAGUUCUCUUUACACUGUAAGUGCUUAGUAAAGACCAUCAAUUGAUUAAGUGGACUCACGGUUCUGGAGGAAAAAAAAUCAAAUAAAGCACUUUGAAACCCUUGGGGUUACCUGUGCUCUUGGCACUGGGUAUCUUUUUGAAUAGGAAAGUGUAGUGUAAGCUUAUUGUGGGCAGGGAACGUAUCUGUUAUAUUGUUACAUUAUUCUUUCCCAAGUGCUUGGAACAGUGCUCUGCACACAGAAAGCACUCAGUAAAUAUGAUUGGCUGAUUAGUGUUGAUCAUCCCAACAGUUGGUUCUGCUUGCCUACCAUUAUGGGCUUCUGCCUGGGUUUCCUGCUAGACUGGAGAUUCCUCAAGGGUAAGGACAGCAUCUUUUAAGACUACUGUAUGCUCCCAAGCACACUACACAGUGCUCUACGCACAGUGGAUACUAUAGGGUCACAGAGCUAGAGUUUGCUUAGAUUGAACUAUGUUGCUGAACCUAGGGUUCAGAGCAAGCAGCGCUGGAGAGAAGGUCCUCUGAAAUGGGGCCGGUCUUCUUCUGUUCCCUCGUCUAGGCAGACAGAUUGUUGCUUUCCUGCUGAAAAGAAACUUAGCAUAUUUGAAACAGCAUGGGCCUGUGUUCUAAUCCUGCCUCUGCCACUUGCCUGCUUUGUGACCUUGAGCAAGUCACUUUAACAUCUCCAGCCCUCAGUUUCCUCAUACAUAAAAUGGGGAUUCAAUCCCUGUUCUCUUUCCCCCUUAGACUCUGAGCCCCAUGAGGGAUGGGGUUUGUGCCUAACCUAAUGAUUUUGCAUCUACCCAGCACUAAACAGAGGACUUGUGGCAAGGGCUAAGUGCUUAACAGAUACCACAGUUAUCAUAAUUAUUACUAUUACCCCGGCCCUCUUUAUCAGUAGUAUCGGAUCACCUUCAGAACAGAACAGGUCUGGGGCUGAACUGGAAAAUACCUGCUUUCUAUCCUAAAGUAUUUUUGUAUUGUACUCUUCUGAUCACUAUGAAUGUUGUACUAACUGUAUAUAAAGAAACCGUAUUGCUUGGAGCUGAGUUGGCCUUGACUAGCAGAGGAAACUCUGCUCGUCAACCACCAUUCCCUACUAGUGCUAGAAGAAGCACUAAUAGUAAUAAACUUGUCCCUGACAUACCCUUUCUUGAACACAA